GUCGCGUGCCGUACACUGAUCUUCAAAAUGUCUGUCUACUACACCUUCUGUCCGCUGCAUAGUGGGCCCGGUGCAUCGCAAGACACGCUAUGCGGUGCCACAGAAAGCAAGGAAACUGAUAGCUUGCUCUACGCGCCGAUAGUAUGCGAGAAGGUCACUCCCCAGCUUAUGCAGUACAAGGAUGUGCCUAAGGUUUAUGAGACUAUAGAGAAGAGUAUUGCUGCAGACCCGUUGGACCGGUACAUGAGCAAUACUCCCGACAACCACAAGAAGACAAAGCGCUGGAAAGCCGGUCGUAAAGCGAUGAUAUAUCUCCAGUGGUACAAGGCUAUCUACGAUGAAGCUGCUUGGACCGUCAAUCGUGGCGAGUCCCUCAUCGGCCUAGGCGAUCCGACGCGUAAGGAAAGCCCUCUUGACAAGGUCCUCGGCUCUCUCUUUGUCCAGCUCAUCAAAGGCAUCCGCGAUCUCGCGGAGUCCAAGGAGCAACGAAAGCGCUCUACCGAGUUCAUGAACAAGGCCAUGAAUACAGCGAAGGAAGUCUUAGGCGACAGGACCACGAAGAUGAUUGAGGUCAGCGGCCUCGCGACCACACCAGAACGCCAGGGCCGCGGGUACGCCACCGCACUCGCGCACCUCGCGACAGACCUGGCGGAUGCGAGAGGCGUCCAGAGCUGGCUUAUGUCGAGCAACACGAUAAACCGAGGCUUCUACCACGAGCUGGGCUUCGAGAUCGUCGCGACGUUCUACGUGGGCAACGACAAUCCGACUUGGAACGAGCCGCCCGUACCGAUAGACAUCAUGGUGAGGGAGCCCAAGGGCGCGAGCAGCAGCGUGGACGAGAAAGCGGUAGGUUUGGAUCCAGGGUUUCUGGUGUAAUAAGCGGCCGUACCUUUCACUCCUCGAGUGUAGCAUGCGGGAUUCCGCGUCGCUUUCUGCAAAAUGAGAACCCCUACUCUCAA